GCCGCAGCCGUCGCCGACGCCGACUGCCGCCAUGUCGCUGAUCGCGGGUGAGGAGUUCCAGCACAUUCUCCGUCUGCUGAACACCAACGUCGAUGGUAAGCAGAAGAUCAUGUUCGCGCUGACCUCCAUCAAGGGUGUUGGGCGCCGCUUCUCCAACAUCAUCUGCAAGAAGGCCGACAUCGACAUGGACAAGAGGGCCGGAGAGCUCACAACCGAGGAAAUGGACCGGGUGAUGACAGUGUUGCAGAACCCGCGGCAGUUCAAGGUGCCGGACUGGUUCCUUAACAGAAAGAAGGACUACAAGGACGGCAAGUUCUCCCAGGUCGUCUCUAACCAGCUUGACAUGAAGCUCAGGGAUGACCUCGAGAGGCUCAAGAAGAUCCGUAACCAUCGUGGUCUUCGUCACUACUGGGGUGUCCGUGUCCGUGGUCAGCACACUAAGACUACCGGCAGGAGAGGAAAGACUGUUGGUGUCUCCAAGAAGCGAUAAGCUUUAACUGACACACAUAGAUUGUCACUACUUCUGUAUUGGUCCAUUUCGGGAGUCUUAAUGAGGUGUUCCCUGUUUAGACAAUUACCUCGGAGGAUGUUUUGCCCUAGAUCAUAUUUUGCAGUUCUGGAACUUUAAUAUAUUGUAUCUUAAAUUCCUUUUUGAACACCUAAAGAGUAAUUUUAUUCGGCUGCC